GCUUUCCAUAUGAAGUGCAUAGAUCCUUGGCUGUUAUGCAAUCGUCGACGUUGUCCAAUAUGUAAUCAAAUAGUUCAACUACCAGGUGCACCUGCUAUGCCUGAUGAAAGUGAUGUCGAGGUGGUGAAUGAUAAUGAUCGAUUAGCAUCUAUUCCAAGACGAUUGUAUAAUUUUAUCAGACGUCGUAAUAGUUAUGAUCGUGAUAAUCGACGCGCGUCUGUAGAAUCUCAACAGUCUAAUGGACAUUAUGAAGCUGGUGAAGAAAGAACUCCGUUACUCUUCAAUACAAGUAGUACAGUUGAAUGUCAUACUUGUAAUGAUGAUGAUACUGGUAUGCAUAAUUCUUAUCUAGAAUCAAGGCAUCCUAAAACAACACAAUCAUCGUUUCGUCAAGUUGAUGAUGAAGAUGAUGAACUGGUUGAUGUUAAAUCAUCACCAAUAUCAUCAUCGUCAGGUCGUUCGAGUUCUAGUCCACCAGCUAUUGAAUCUCAAAGUCUAUCUAAUAAUAAUAAUGAUAAGGAUAAUAAUAAUUGCAAUGAGACAAUGAAUAUCUCAUCCUCAACUUCAUCGAGUCAUUUAUUGCCUAAUGUAAUAAAAUCUACCAGUCCACAAUCACUAUCACCAUCAUCAUCAUCAUCAUCAUCAUCACCAUCAGUACAACCAGGUGAUAGUAAUGAAGCCAAGGGUGUUUUAUCUUCAUCUCCUCAAAAUAUUUCUACAUUAGCGCCAAAUAUUUCAACUACAACGGUUACAUCGUCAACUCCAACAACAAGGGAUGAUUCUGGCGAGGAUGAUCUAUUACUAACCGAUGUAAAUGUGAAGACUGCAUAGGUUGGUUGACCUGCUCUCACCUAUUCACAAUAAUAUACAUGAACACUAUGUGUCUGUGUUUAUCGUUUGUUCGUUUGUUUGUCGGUUUGUUUAUCUCAUUUAUGCACACACACCCACCCACACACACACACACGAAGUAAACAUUGACAUUUUAAUCAUUAUUCAUAAUUUUAAACUUGUUUGUGAUAAAGAGGUGUGGGUGAUGUCAUAAAGUAACAAGGUGGUCAACGUGUUCUCGUCUAUACCACACACAGAUACAAAAACUGAUAUACAAUUACUAACUAGACAUAAUGACUUUCAUUUAUUGUUUAUUCAUUAUUAUUACCAUUAUUAUUAUUAUUACUGUUAUUUUUCUAAUUGAUAUUGUAAUUUUCCCCUGGUACACAUAUAUGGAUUAUCGAUUUAUCACCAAAAUGUGACCAAUAUAUAUUUGAUUGCACCGAUUAUUGUGUAUGCUCGCCUUGCUCACAAUGUGGUUUGAGUGAAUGCAAACCAUUCAUUAUUGCGCGUGCGUGCGUGCGUGUAUGCUUGGGCGUGUGUGCGUGUGUGUGUGUGAGAGAGAAAGAGUAUCGUCAACUUAAUCACUGGUAGUGACUGAUUGAUUCACUCUCAUAUUUUAACAGUUUACAAUUCGAGGAAUAUAUCUUAUUUUUCAAUUAGUUGUGAUUAUUAUUUGUUUGUUUUUAUAUUUGCGUGAUGUUGUUGUUGUUAUUGUUGUUUGUAAAAUUUUGUCAUUUGGUUGGUUCAUAAGAGUGAGUACUUUUCGAGUUCUACUUUGAGUUUACCAUUAUAUAUAUAUAUAUACGUAUAGUUCAGUGUUCUAGUUGUUUGUAUGCGUGUUUGUGUGUGUGUGUGCGUGUGUCUGUUAUAUCACAGCAAGUUUUCAGUUCUCAAUAUUCCCUGAAACAAAUGUAGAGACAUAAAGAUCAUCUACAAUUCGGUUAGAGGUGAAGAAGGCGGAGAGAAUGUGUGUGUUUUUAACUGAGAAGAAGAAGAUAGAUGACUGACAAAAUGAAAAGUACUCUCUAAUUAUAUAUUUUGGCUUUAUUUGUAUUUCGUUCUGUUUCGUUUUAACUCUCUCUCACACAUACACACACACUGACGAACUCGUGUAUACGCCCUAUAUUGCAUUCAUUCGCAUGGAUUCUUUUCUUUUUUGUUUUAACUAUCCUUAUUUCCCCUCGGUUUUCUAUUUUCUUGCUCACAUGGCCCACUCCAAGCUCCACUUCCAGAAUAAAAGGCGUGAAGGAAGUGGUGAUUAUAAAAAAUUCUGUGUGUAAUAUUCAUGUAAAAAAGGAAGACUAUGAUUUGUCUUUCUCUGAGAGUUUGUGGCUUUUUAUUCAUUCAUUCAUUCGUCUAUUGAAACAUUCAGCAGUGAUUAUAUUAUAUCGAUGUAACAACGGGCAUCUUAUUCAUGCUGGUGUUU